UCAGGCCGGAUGCGGAGCCAUGCAGACAUCUAUGUGGUUGGAAUCUCCAAUGGCGGUGAUGAUCAGGACCGGCUUCUGUCUCGGCGUUUGGCGGGCACCCUGGAACGAGGUGGUUUCAGCUGCACAGGUGAACACGAAGGCGACGAAAACGAGCCCGGCCGGGUGAACAUCGCGGAAACGGAGUGCCGCUGCGUUUUCUUCGUGGUUUCUCCAGGCGCUCCGGUGGAUGCAGCUGUGGUGGCCCAGCUCCGGGCAGCUGCAGCAGCGGGGCGCGCCACGCGCUGUAUCUACGAAGCAGGGAAUAGCGCCUGCCAGGAUGUCUCGGAGUGGGGCUCUGCGAUGCCCAUGUCCUUCUUGCGACCGGCUGUGCCCAUCAGCCGCUACUUCCCACGCACUUCGGAGAAGUUAGUCCUGGCCGCCGCAGCCGAAGAGUUACUGCGGGCACCACCCCGGCAGGUAGAUGCUGACGGCCAAGCUGACUUUGUGCGAGGCUUUCCAGCGGACCCUGGCGGACGAUUCGCGGCGGAGACCCGUCGUUUCCAGUCGUUGAUGGCGGGCGAAGAGGGUCAAGACCAUUCUGACUUUGCUCAGUUGGCCAAUCUCACCUGCAUCCAGUGGCUGCAAGCGAGGGACCUUCAGUUGGUCUUCGGAGCCGAUGACUCGGCGGAGACCUUGCGAUCCAUCCUGGAGGAGAAGUCGUCUCCGGCGGUGUCUUCUGCCAUCAUGUUGCUGGGAGCUGCCUAUCGGCCCAUCUACGUGUCUUUCUUGCCAGGUGACCUGCAUUCCAUGCCUGUCUCGGCGGCGCAUUCGCAUGCGACGACACCUCUGAGUCGCCUGACCAACUGCCAAACACCCUACGGACACACGCCACACUGCCAGACGCCCAAGAGUUCAGCGAGUUUUUCUGGCCCCUUAUCCUGCGCGGUUCCAUCCGAAAAUCAGCUGAUUCUGCUGGAGAAGGCCUUGGAAAGCCUCCCCGGCGGAUGUACCGACAGUGUGGCGGUGGGCUUUUGCGUCGUGAAAGGGAUUGAAGGCCCAGGGAUGCCGGAAGUGCUGCUGGCCUCGCACAUCGCGGUGCUGGAAGGGCCUGGAAGCAACUCUUUGGAGGAGCACUUGAUGCGGGGCGAGUCCUUUAUCGAAGUGGUGAUCGCCAUCGUCACGGGCCGCUUGGUGCCGUGCCGCCCCAACCAGUUGGCAGAGCUGGAUGUGGCGGUCGGGAGAGAACUGGAACCUGGGGCAGGUGUGACCUUGACCGAGCUGGUGGAUGCUGAUGCAGAAGGCUCCGGAAAUCUCAUCAACAGGAUUUGUGCCUUCGUUCAAGCCAAAGACUUUUCCAGCUGCGAGGCCAGGGCUUGGUGGACGCGGCAUUGCCGGCGGGCGCUGGAGACGCAUCCCUUGCUGCAGGGCCGGGCCUAUCGACGGACCUUGUUGCAGAAUUGUGUGUCCACGGACUCUCUGAGCAUAGCAUCCACAUUUCACUUUGGCGCACAGGAUCUCAUUAACAACGAGUGCGCGAACGCCCUGGCGGACACGGGCCUGAAGGUUCGUGUGGUCUCCGAAGCGCCCACGGAAAUGAAACCCGGAGAUGAAAACACGGAGACAGGCACCAUGGACUGGGGGGAACAAGUCAAUCAGACCCGAUUGAAAGAUCUGCGGAAGUUGAUGCGAUGCCUCUUCCAGGCUUUUGAUGCUGAUGACCCACAGAUGAUCAAGGGCAACCAGGCUGGCAGCUUUAGCAGUCGCAGAUAUCGCUUCACUCGGUGGACCUGCUUGAACUUUUUGAAUUCCAUGGUUCGUUCGGACAUUUUUGCCAUCACCUUCGCGAUCCUGACCAUCUACACCCUCUUUGCGCCCAACAUUUUGCUGGUCUUCGGCCUUAGUACGGAAUAUACACCCGUCGUGGCCAUUCUCAACACUGUGGUGCUGGGUUUUUUCGCGCUCGAAUGCAUGUUGAGUUGCUUCUUCGUGAACGGCUACAUGCGUUCCGGCCGUGUCUUUCUGGACGUCAUGGCCAUGGUCUCGCUGGCGGGAGACACCUUGGUCCAGGCGCAUCUCUUUCCAUCCCAGAUCAGCGGUGCGACCACGGCGCAACCCGUGGAUUUUCGCGACGACGCCACCGGGUUCACUGGUCGCUCUGAUCGUCUCUUGGAUAUUUUGAAGUUCGCCAGACUGUUCCGCAUCGUUCAGCUGCUUCGGACACUGCACGGCAUCGUGUGGCGCAAUUUCCUGCGACCGCACCACGGCCUGGCACAACAGCUGUAUCACAAGAGGUUGUGGCGGGUCUUCCAAGACUUAGAUGAGGGAAAGAAGGGACAGCUGAGCACCGAACAGAUGAAUUUCUUUUUCAUGGCGAUGCGCCUGGAGUUUCCAGAGCGAAAGGUGGGGAUGUCCAAGUCGAAGGUCUUCCGCUCCAACGUCACCAUGGCCUCCUCCCACGGCGCCGCCGCCUUUGCCAGCCGGCAGUAUGGAACCAUGAUGAGCCUGAAACCGGCGGCGCUGUCUCGACUGUCCCAUUUCGCUCCAUCCUGGGACCUACAUCCGACGGACUGUGAUGGCACGUUCGCUUCCAUCAUCGAUGAGUUCAACGUGAGGCCGGAGGGCAAGCGCGCCUUGACGAAGUGUCAAGAGGACGUGCAGCGCGUCAAGGCGUCCUUCUCCUUGGUGCAGAAGGUGAGUGGUCCAGUGGUGGUGAAAGUCUGUUUGAUCGUGCUGGGCGUCAUGGGAAUCGUGAUCCUCCUCGAUGCUUCGGUCGAGGACCAUGGUGACUAUCAGCACCUGGCUCAUUUAGACCACUUGGCCACUUCCAUGGAGCACAGCGGGUCCUGCGCUGCUCUUUGCCAUGCUGUGGACGAUUUCGUUAAAGCUUCGCCACAUGUGGCGAAGAUGGCCGGCAUCCAUCAGGUGUACUGGACAGAGACAUCCUGCGAAUGUUCGAAUCCUUCUCCAAGCUGGUUGGAGGUGGCCAAAGAGGUGGCCCUGACGGAAGAGCACCAGCCGCACGAGCUGCAACUGGUGUGCUACCCCAACGAGGACUGCACAGGCACCGUCACCAGCGUGGCGCUGAUGAAUAUCCAUGAGUCCGUGCGGGAGGAUGCGCAAGCAGAUUUGGUCUACACCUUGAUCGUAGUGGUGCUGAUGGUCAUCUUUGCCCUGGCCUUCAUGCACGCCCUCAACAAGGUGAACACCAGAAUGCUGCACCCCUUGUGGAACAUCUUGGAUGACAUGGCCUCUCUACGCUCUCUGGAAGCAGUUCGAAUGACCAAUUUUCAGCCUGCCAGCAACAUGCUCAAGGACCUGCAGCACAGUGGAAAGAAGCGCAGCACCUGUCGCAGACUGCUCCGCUACAGCAAGCGCAGUGGCCAGUGGGCCUGCGAGAGCAAGAAAGAGGAUGAUGUGAAAGAACUGGCCGACUUGCGCUUGUCCUUGUCCACCAUGCGAGCUGCCCUGCGGUCCUGGGCCAAAUAUGUCCCGCCAUAUCUGCUGAAGUCCUUGUAUAGAUCCGGGGUAGAGGCCACCGUUGGCUUUCACGAGAAUGAGGUCAGCAUUUUGUUCUGUGACAUUGACGGUUUCAGGGAGAUGUGUCGAGAUCGGAGUCCCAAAGAGGUCUUAACUUUACUCAGUUUGGUCCAUGGUGAAGUGUCCAAUGCCAUUGAAGCUCAAGUUGGCACCCUGCUAGAGUUCGUGGGCGAUGAGGUCCUGGCAGUCUUCAACGCCCCGAACGAAGUCGUGGACCACGAAGAACAUGCCGUGGAGUCAGCCACUGAUGUUUUAGAGCGUGCUGAUCGCUUGGGUGUGCGGAUGCGCUGCGGCGUGCAUUCGGGCAAGGUGCUGGUGGGGAACAUUGGCUCCCAGACCAGGAUCAAGUACGGGGUCCUGGGAGACUCGGUGAAUGUGGCAGCGCGGCUGAAGAGUUUGAACUCGCACUUUGCCACCUGCUGUCUGGUCUCCGACGAGAGCCUAGAGGAGGCUGAUGACCUCCACAAGAGCUACGUGGCCAGACCGGUGGGAAAUCUGGUGCUCAAAGGGCGGAAGUCAGCCACCAAGGUCUGGGAGGUGCGAGCACGGCGCCAAUCGUCGUCACAGACGCUGGCGAAGACCUAUGACGCCCAUAGGCGCGCCUUCGAGCUCUUCAUCGCCCGACGCUUCGGGGAAGCGCGGCCCUUGCUGGCCGAGGUGUGUCGGAGCCUGAAGGGCCGGAUGGGCAGCGUGGACAUUCCCUCGCAGCACUUGCUACACCUAUGCGACAAAUACCUCAAAGAGCCGCCACCGGCUGAAUGGGAUGGCUCGGAAUCCAUGAGCAAAAAAUAGCCACAGAAAGAGAAGUGAGCUCUGUGCUGUGUGUAUCGAAGGCAUUGGGUCGAGUUCUUCAUCGUUUUUUU